AUGGAGGCUGAUAAAAAAAUAUUGAAGAUUGCUUGCGCCCAAGCAAGAUUGAAGCGAAAAAUGAUUUUGAAAGAAAACAGGAUGAAUAAGAAAUGUGUUAAAGAGUGUGGUAUAUUUUCUAAAAGCCAACAUGGUAGAACAUUGUGUACUCCACUGUCUGAUGUUACAUCUAAAUUUUUGCCUGGAGGAAGACUUAACACUUCUGGAAGAGUACAAUGUCAUAAAAAUACACAUGCAGUUCCAGAUAGUAAUGCUUCUCAUCGACAAAAUCUAUUGCCUAGGUUUGAGAUUAUUUUUUCAGAGCAGGAAAAAGAUAAUCAAUGCUCAUUGAAUAAGAGUAGUAGUUGUCAACAGUCUUCCUUAACUGCAUCUCAUUUUCAUAUGGCUGAACAAAUAAGUCAAGUCAGUACUAAUGCAGACAAUCCAGAUAAUGGCCAAGGUGCCAAAGUUGAUAACAGCUAUAACAAUGGUCAUGGUCCACCUAAUCUGAGGAUCCAAGGCCAAGCUUGUCAUAGAAUAGGUAGUUUGCUCCCGCCUGCAGGACAAAUUCCUAAGUUUGCGCAACUAUAUAUUUAUGAUACUAAAAAUGAAACACACAAUAGAAUCCAAUCCUUAAGCAAUGACAACAAAAUUGAUGUAGAUAUUGUAAACAAAUUAACAAAAAUGUUAGAUGAAUACAAUGUUUAUGUCAAAUCAUUCCGAGUUGCUAGAGACCGUUACAGAGAACAACAUUUCCAUGACCUUAAAUUAAGGCUAAUUGCUGAUAGGAAUAAGGAUGGAAGGUUAUAUAAUAUUCCUACCGUUUCAGAAGUAGCAGCACUAAUAGUUGGUGACGUUGACAGUGCUUCCCCAAGAGAUAUCAUAAUGGAAAAUAGAAGUGGAAAAUUGCAGAGAAUUAACGAACUUCACACGAGCUACCUAGGAUUCCAAUAUCCUUUACUAUUCCCAUAUGGGGAAGAUGGUUAUAGGCAUGAUGUUAAUCAUCGAGUCACAAGUACUUCAAAAAACAUGAAGAGAAAUCGCUUGACAAUAAGGGAAUGGUUCUGCUUCCGAAUUCAGAGUAGAGAAUUAGAAGCACAGACACUCCUAAGAUCUAGGCGAUUGUUCCAACAAUUUGUUGUUGAUGGAUACACUAUGCUAGAGUCUGAAAGGUUAUCAUUCAUAAGAAACAACCAGUCCAAGCUUAGAGUGGACAAGUACGAUAACCUCUUCCAAUCAAAAUCAAGUACCCAAGAAGAAGGAUCUACAAAAGGCAAAAGAGUUGUACUACCUUCUACUUUUGUUGGUGGGACACGAUUUAUGGAACAACUUUAUUUUGAUGGAAUGGCAAUUUGUAGUCAUGUUGGUUUUCCAGAUUUGUUUGUUACUUUUACAUGCAAUCCGAAGUGGCCUGAAAUACACAGAAUUUUAUCACAUAAAAAUUUAUCUGCAUCUGAUAGACCAGACUUGGUUGCAAGGGUUUUCCGAAUCAAAUUUGAUCAUCUUCUAGCAGAUCUUACGAAGAAUCAUUUGUUGGGCAGGGUCAUUGGAUACAUGUAUACUAUUGAAUUCCAAAAGCGGGGUCUACCUCAUGCUCAUCUGCUUCUUUUUUUGCACCAAAAUGACAAAUAUCCAAGUGUUGAUGAUAUUGAUAAAAGUAGUACAACUAUUUCAGAAGAUGGAUUUCCACAAUAUCGAAGAAGAGACAAUGGAGUAUGUGUGGUCAAGAAUCAUGUUUCUUUAGACAAUCGAUCUGUGGUUCCAUAUAAUCCUAAAUUGUUACUUAAAUAUGAAGGUCAUAUCAAUGUUGAAUUGUGCAACAGAAGUACUUCAAUUAAGUACUUAUUUAAAUACAUCAACAAGGGUUAUGACAGAAUUACAACGGCUAUAGUUAAUAAUACCAAUGGAACUUCUCUUCAUGACCAGUCAGGAGAUGAAAUUAAACAAUAUCUUGAUUGUAGAUAUAUAUCACCAUCUGAGGCAUGUUGGAGAAUAUUUUCAUUUCCUAUUCAUGGCAGGAAUCCAGCUGUUGAACGUUUAUUUUUCCAUCUUCCCGGAGAACAAUCAGUGUACUUUAAAGACGACGAGUUUAUUGAUGAAGUCAUAGGAAAAGCAACUGUAGCAGAAUCAAUGUUCACAAGUUGGAUGGAAUGUAAUAAAAAGUAUGAAUUGGCAAGAACUUUGACAUACCCAAAGAUUGUGUCAAAAUUUGUCUAUGUCAAGAAAGACAGAUGUUGGAAACCCAGGAAAAUAGGGAACACAAUUGGAAGACUUAUUUGGGUUCCACCAUCAACAGGUGAAUUAUACUAUCUAAGGAGGAUGCUCACUGUUGUCAAAGGUCCUUUAUCUUAUGAAGAUAUCAGAACGGUGGAUAAUAUAUUGUAUUCAACCUUUAGAGAAGCAUGUGAAUCUUUGGGAUUUUCGGCAGAUGAUAAGGAAUAUGUAGAAGCAAUCAAAGAAGCCAAAGAUUGGGGCAGUGGAAAUUAUCUAAGGAAACUUUUCGAGACAAUGCUAUUGUCCAAUAGUGUCAACAAACCACUAGAUCUAUGGGAAAAAACUUGGAAAUGGCUAUCUGAUGACAUAUUAUAUAGGGAAAGAAUAAAAGCUGGCAAUCCAGAACUGCAAUUAUCAGUUGAUAUAUUGCGAAACUUGACGUUAUUCCAUAUUGAAGAGAUCCUACAAACUAAUAGAAGAAGCCUAAAACAAUUCCCAACAAUGCCAUAUCCAGAUGGUUUUAUUAUAGCUCAAUGUGGGAACAGAUUGGUGUACUCAGAACUUGACUACAAUCCUGUCACUGAAGCAAAUCUAUUUCAGCAAAAUUAUGAUCGCAUGACAGGGGAACAAAAGGACAUAUUUCAAAAAGUUACUGAAGCUGUUAUUAAAAAUGUGGGAGGAAUGUUCUUUCUUUAUGACUAUGGGGGUAUGUCUGUUAGGGGUUCUAAUGCGGGCAUUAAUGAAGGGUCAGAUAGUAGCCGUCUUUGA